UCUUGGAUCGCCGGCCCGCCAUAACUGGACGGGACCUCUCCUGCCCUGAAAACUGGCUGCAAGAAAUAUUACAGGUCACUCUCUCCAUUAUUACUACCUAGUAUUUGACUUCUUCUCCAUCAAUGGAAGUUUAGUUCCCGUCCAUGGCUUCCCGUAGAUUUGAUGGUAUCGUAAGCUCGUUAAACAGGUCGCUUUCUCUCUCGCUCUGAGAAAUGGGUUCUUUGUUAGUGCCGUCCCUGUUUCGAUCGAACCAUUGUCUCUUUGUUUUUGGGUUGGUUCCAUCGAUGUAGCUAGAAAGUCCUUUGUAGCUGUCCUGUGUGGGCGCCUCCAGGGCUCGCCGUCCCCUAAAAGCCAAGACCGAGUUUCUCUGAAAGACUAUUGUUCAUCGAUUUUUCCGCAUUAGAAAAGUCUAAUUCCUAUACCCACAUCCCCACAUCACAUAUAUUCCAAUCCACCAUAAAAUUUUGGCCAGCCGUCCUGCCCGGAAAGAACCUCUCUCUCUCUCUCUCUCUCUAUCUAUCUAUUCCGCUGAUAUGUAGAUUUGGCGCAAUAAAUUUCUCUUAAUUGGGUUGUUUAAUCAACUAGCUAGCUGGAGAUUCAACCCAUCAUCUUGGGCUUCACAGUUCCCCCUUCUCUUCUGGUCGUCGGAGCCGAUUCUUUAUGUGGAGGAAGCGGCCGCCGCCGGGGAAUCUACUGUAAGCGCGCAGCUCGAUCGUACCGGUUUCCAUGUAGGCCGCCGCCGGCCCACUCAUCCGGUAUGUUGGGUUUGUGGGGAAGGGACAUAUUAUGAUUUCCUUGUUGCUUAUUACUUGCAAAAUGAUUUCUUCUUUCUCCGUCGUUCUUGAGCUGAUCGGACAGAAAAUUAUGCCAUUUUUCCUUGUUGUUUAUCAAAUGCAUACUUUGUAAAUGAAAAUAUGAUUGCAUAAGCUAUUUACCACGUUUUUAUCAGAAAAAUGUCUGAAAUUGUCUCCAAUUACGCAUGAUUAGUCGGCUUAAUUACGUGUGCCAUGUAGUUUAUUGACUUUUCUUAGCAGGAAAAAUAAAUUCGUCGUCAAAAUGAUAUUUUUUUCUGAUUAUUUGUCCAAAUUUCGAAUUUAUAUGUCUAGUAGUUGUUGUAACUAGUAAACCAUAUUUAAUCACAAUUCACAAGUAAUUAGGGAUCCAGACAGUGAUAAUUAUUAGAAAACAACUGAAUUGUUCUAUAGCUUUGUUUAAUGAACUGGGGAUCAAUUAUUGCCGUCUUUCUCAAUUCAAAAUUUUCUCUAAUCUUACAUUAAUAAUAAUUACAAAAUUUUACAUCUCUUGCAGCUCAUGCUUCAGAUUCCAUUUCUCUUCCUCCUUCCUCCUGUCGACAAAUCCACAGCUACUGCAAUUUUAAUUUUUCCAGGUACUUUCGAUCCCGCCAUUGUCGUUUUCUUGAUCCACUUAUCUGUCCCUUCUCCUGGUUUCCAAUCAGUCUGGAAUGCUUGAUUGUUCAAUUCACAACUAUGGGCAUCACAUUACUCGCAUUAAUGGAGUUUUUUUUUUUUUUUCUUUCUUCUGGGUGGCAUCAUUGUUAAUGGUAACGUUUUGAUUAGUAGGCAGAGAUUUGCAUUCUUUUGGAUCAAAGUAAAUGAAGACGAGUCGUUCAUGGUGGAUGGGUACGAGGGAUUACCUGAUAACGCCUGCCACCUCAAGACAGAGAGCUCAUGUGAAGCGGACGCCAAGAUGGAUUCUGCUGUUCGUCUCCCUCGCCGCCAUCUUCCUCAUCAGUGCCUACUACCUCUACCAGCCCAGAAGCACGGUCUCCGCCGCCCCUUGCUCUGUCUUCGAUCAGGGCGGGUGCACCACCACUUACGACGGGGACCGAGUCGUUCCGGCGAAAGUGUUCACCGACGAGGAGACCUCGGCUCACGUCGUGAUCCGCGAGAUCCUCAACACGCCCCCUCCGCUCUCCAGGUCCCCCAAGAUCGCCUUCAUGUUCUUGACGCCUUCCUCGCUCCCUUUCGAGAUGCUCUGGGAGAGAUUCUUUCAGGGUCACGAAGACAAGUUCACCGUUUACAUACAUUCCUCCAGAGACAAACCGAUUCAUAGCAGUCGUUACUUCGUGGGCAGAGAAAUCCGCAGUGAAAAGGUGGAGUGGGGGAGAAUCUCCAUGGUUGAUGCAGAGAGGAGGCUACUAGCACAUGCACUUCUGGAUCCAGAUAACCAUCAGUUUGUCUUGCUCUCUGAGAGCUGCGUACCACUCCGUACCUUCAACUAUGUGUAUCACCAUCUGAUGUUCACUAAUGUCAGCUAUAUCGAUAGCUAUGUGGAUCCCGGUCCGCAUGGCAGUGGCAGAUACUCAAACCGCAUGAUGCCAGAGGUUCGAUACUCCGAUUUCCGAAAGGGUGCUCAGUGGUUCUCCAUGAAGCGACAACAUGCUAUCAUAGUCAUGGCCGAUAGCUUGUACUACAAGAAAUUCAAGCUCUACUGCAGACCGAAUAUGGAUGGGAAGAACUGCUACUCUGAUGAGCAUUAUCUGCAAACAUUUUUCACUAUGAUUGAUCCUGAAGGGAUUGCAAAGUGGUCGGUUACACAUGUCGACUGGUCCGAGGGGAAGUGGCAUCCAAGAUCUUAUAGAGCUUCUGACAUUACCUACGAGCUCCUCAAGAACCUUACUACCAUCGACGAGGCCAUACAUGUCACAAGUGAAGGAAAGAAAGUAACGACGUGGAGACCUUGCUUCUGGAAUGGAGUGAAGCGACCUUGUUAUUUGUUUGCCAGAAAGUUUAACCCAGACACUUUAGAUAAAUUAUUGUACCAUUUUUCAAAUUAUACGACAAAUUAGAGAUAUUAAUACACCUGCAUUUCUUUAUAUACUGAAAAGUAGUAGAUUAUUAUUCAUUUAUAGUGACUAAACCCUUUUUCUAUAAUUUUUUAUUAGUUUCUCCAUAAUGUAGAAUUCUUAAACGGGUGUGGUGUUUUAGUUUGUACAAAUGAAGUGGAUUGUGCACAAGUACUUUCAGAGCGACAAAAUCCAAUGGAGAAAACAAGGUUAAAACCCACUUAAGUCUAUUAAUUGGAGGAGUUGUGUUGAAUGUUUGAGGAUGAAAGAAAAUGUAAAGAAAAUGAAAGAAAAUGUCAAAGCGAAGGUAAAAUAGGCUUUUAGGAAACAAUAAAACCCUAGAUGCCAGAUGGGCAUAUACGAAUAAAAUGAAUAUUCAUCCAAUGACCAAAAAAAGUAUAUGCAUAUCAUGCUCAGAAACCUCUAUAUUUAUGGUAGUGAACAAACAAUUAUCAACAAGUAGGGCCUAAGCUAGAGUAGUUAGUCGGGUGACUAUACGGUCCGGUCCGGUUAAAUUGGAACAAAUUGAUCCGGUCUCAGUCCGGUCUUUUCGAGAAUGUAAGGACCAAAGAUUGGAAUGGAUACACUCCGGUCUUGAUCCGGUCCGGUCUUGACCCGGUCCGGUCCCAAUUUGAUUUUGAUUUUAGAUUGAGCUUUUGGGGAUUUGAGUGUUGGGGUCUCUUAUUCGGUCUUUAUCCGGGAUUCCGGGAUUUUUUUACCUCAAAUCUAAGCCCGAAUAUGAGAUUGGAUUGUUUGCUAUCCGAUCCCAGUCCGGUCUCGGUCCGGUUUCGGGUAAAACCAAACAGUCAUGGACCAAAUUGCCAGCCCUAAGUUAGGAAUAAAUCAAUAUAAAAGAU